AUGGAAGAGCAUGAAGAGGAAAAAGAACUAGAUGAUGCAUAUCUUUGGCAAAUGAAAUCAUUAAGUGCCGAAGAAAUAGAUGCUAAAUUUCCCAAAUCAGCCUUAGCGCUUAUGAUAUUUAGAACUAGUGAUUGCAUACAAUCAAUCGAACAAGUAUUUUCUGACUUCAAUAAAUUCAUCACUAUAUUUAGACAUCAUUAUCCUUACAGAUGGGAUUAUCCAAGGUUACAGAUUAAGAAUCAUGGCUAUAAGAAAUUCAAUAAGUCAAAGAAAAGGAAUAUGACUCGGUAUAUAUAUUGUGAGUUAAUUUAUGAUGAUAGUAUCAAUGAUCGAAAUGUUAUACAGGAUGUUUUAUUCAAGUUCUGUACUGAUCAUUCAGUAUUUGCUCAAGUGUUUGAUUCAAUGUUAGCUAAACUGAGCUUUGAAAGUGAGGAUAAGAACUUGCAGAAUCAAGUGUGGGUUGUCGGUGAUAAGGUUGUUAAGCUAGAUAUUCCAGAAGAUGAAUUAAAUAUUUAUUCAGAUCGCUUACCAUUAGCUACUGCAAUAGGUUACAUGAUGAAAAACAAAUAUUAUGUUGACGAAGCAAACACAUUUGACAUCUUAACAAGGAUAUCUUACGAGAGAACACCUUUUGAUGACCUAAGCUAUGUGGUUGAAAUUGACGGGAUAAUGGAACCAAAGUUCAUAGCUAUGUUUAAUGAAAAUCCACAUUUGGUAUGUUUAGCAACCACUGCUUUCCUCAAUGAGGGAUUAACUUUAGACGAUUUUAAGACUAAAGAAAUUAAUGCUAAACCAUUUAAAUUUUCAAUAGGGUAUUUAUCAUAUCAAGAAAUGUUAUGCCUAUAUAAGGAAAAACAAAAAGAGUUAAUAAAAGCUCAAAACAAUUUAAACUCUAUAUCUUUUAAUUCGGUUGUAUUUCAAAUACUUGGAAGAGGACUUGGUACUGCCAUGUAUGAUAAUCCAGAUGUUAUUUUAUUAGGAAAUCCUGGAAAACCAUCUGAAGGUUUCAAUACCAGAAAUCUUUUACAAGAUAAGCUAAUAAGUAAUGGAUAUAUGGAAAAAGAGAUACCGCAAAUAGUAGAAAUCAUUGAUGAGGAUUCAUACCAGUCAGGUCCUAUUGAUAUGAAAUAUCUUGUACGUGAAAAAGUUAUUCAUUUAUUCUCAAGUCAUUCACCAACAACGAAUACUACAAAUCUUGUUGAUGAUAUUAAUCCAGACCAACCUCUUCUUCUUGAUACCCACCCUAAGAUCCUUUCAAACCCAUCUGAUCUAACUAAUGGUUUUGUCUUUAAGAAGGUUUGUCCCGAAUUAUCUGAAAAUCUUCAAGAGCAAAGAGUGGAACUCUUUCAUACUUAUAUGCCACAAACCACCGACAGUGAUGAAAUAUUGAAAUUACUUCUCCGAUUUUUGAAACGUCGGAAAACCAUAGCUGAAAGAUAUGAUAAUAGAUCAAAAGAAUUUAUUUAUUUGGAAAGGUCAGAAGGUUUAGUUCAAUCAAGAUGUUAUCCUACAUUUACAAAGUAUUCGAAGUAUUAUCAUCGGGAGAUUAAUUCCAGGUACCGUUAUUUUGAUCUCCAUAAACUUUCACAAAGGCAAGUCGAAGAUAGGUAUAAGGAUGUUACUACAAUUUACUAUGAUCAAGCUGAAGAUGAUGACUUAUACCGUCAAUCUCAUACAUAUGAAGAUUAUAAUGAUAAUGAAAUAAAGUAUAUUAAUUUGAUGAGGAAAAGAAAUAAUGAGUUGCAAAAUCUAAUAAACUCAGGAAAUGAAAACAAGGAAAGUGACACCGCCGUACAUACCUUACCAUUAAGAUAA